CUUCCUGAUAAAGAUGAUUGCUUAUAUUCUGUGCACCGUGUUGGCAGUUUUGCCCUUACUGAUUUACUUGCGGAACCCUUAUUUUUUGAAAGAUUUACGUUACCUGGUUGAUUCAAUUUACAUCGGUAUGCGCAUGGGCAGAAUCAACAAAAAGUUUUAUAGCAUUUUGGAUUGUUUUCUGGACAAAGUGGCGAAGCAUCCGCAUAAGAAGUUCAUGGUUUUCGAGGAAAGCUCCUACACUUACAGCCAAGCCGACAAAGAGAGCAACAAAGUGGCCAGGGCUCUCUUGACGCAUGCCCACCUCAAGGAGGGGGACACGGUAGCCUUGUUCUUGGGCAACGAGCCGCGGUUUGUAUGGAUAUGGCUGGCACUGUCCAAGCUGGGAUGCCCAGCGUCCUUACUCAACUGCAACAUAAUCCAAUCCCUGCUGCACUGUUUCUCCUGCUGUGAAGCCAAAGUCCUGAUCGCUGGUGCUGACCUGCAAGAAGCAAUAGAGGAGGUGUUGCCCACCUUAAAGCAGGAGGGCAUCCUUGUGUUUAUCCUCCGUGAACACUGUGAUGUGGACGGCAUCGAAAUCUCUGACAAAAUUCAGAAGGCCUCCGACGAGCCUCUGUCCCCUCAGCUCAGGGCCAACAUUAACACCAAGACUCCUGUGCUUUAUAUCUACACGUCAGGGACCACAGGGCUUCCAAAAGCAGCUUUACUUAACCAUGAGAAGGUUUGGAUGGCAACUUUUGUCCAGACUAUUGCUGGUGUGCGCUCAGACGAUAUCAUCUACAUAUAUCUGCCUCUGUACCACACUGCUGCUUUUCUAGUGGGACUUUGUGGAGCUAUAGAAAACGGCAUCACCAUUGUUUUAAGAAGCAAGUUCUCUGCCUCCAACUUUUGGAAUGACUGUAGAAAGUACAACGUGACUGUCAUCCAGUACAUAGGCGAGAUUAUGCGCUACCUCUGCAACACACCAAAGAGAGACAAUGACAAGGAUCAUAAAGUCCGUUUGGCUUUGGGGAACGGGAUAAGGGCAGACACCUGGACUGAAUUUCUGGAUCGAUUUGGGAACAUUCAUGUCUGUGAAUGUUACGGCGCAACUGAAGGGAAUAUUGGCUUUAUCAACUAUGUUGGGAAAGUUGGAGCAAUUGGCAGAGAGCAUUUUCUCCACAAACUGGGAUUUCCAUAUGCCCUCAUAAGGUUUGACACAGAAAAAGAGGAGCCAGUCAGAGACUCUAGAGGAUUUUGUAUCGAAGUUCCAAGAGGAGAGACUGGCUUGUUUGUGGGAAAGAUUGGAAAAAGAACACCCUUCAGCGGCUAUGCCAAGAACAAGCAGCAGACAGACAAGAAGAAGCUAAGAGAUGUGUUCGAGAAGGGCGACAUGUACUUUAACAGUGGAGACCUUCUAAAGAUUGACAACGAGGGAUUCGUCUACUUUCAAGACCGCAUUGGAGACACUUUCAGGUGGAAAGGAGAAAAUGUGGCAACCACAGAGGUGGCUGAUCACCUGCUUGCAGUUGACUUUGUAGAGGAAGCUAAUGUCUAUGGUGUGAAGGUUCCAGGACACGAGGGAAGAAUUGGAAUGGCAGCACUGAAACUAAAGGAAAACAUGGAGUUUGACAGCAAAGCUGUAUAUCAGCAUGUCAAAAACUACUUGCCAAGCUAUGCAAGACCACGCUUCAUUCGCAUACAGGAUGCAUUGGUAGUGACUGGCACCUUUAAGCAGAUGAAGGUGAAGCUGGCAGAGGAAGGUUUUGAUCCUGCUCUCAUCAGGGAUCCUUUAUUUUACCUGGAGGACAAUAAAGGCUACACACCCAUGACUCAGGAGAUAUUCAGCUCCAUUGCAGAGGGAAGACUCAGGCUUUAAUUUCACAUUUUCUUUUUAUUUUAUGAGAUAUGAAUUAAAUGUCCCAAAUCACCAGAAUGCUGUGCAGUCAAAAUGGACCAUAAUCCAUUAGAUUAGAAGGGUUAAAACCAAAUGUGGACAAAUUCAAUGCCCUUCAGGGACCAACAGAGCUCAGGACAAAAGUAAGCAGAGCCAGCAUUCGCAGCAUCAACGUGGAGCCAGAGUCCUUCUUCCUCACCUGUGAAAAGUUUUAAAUUUGAGUUCGGACUUCUCCUUAUUUAUGGAAAGAAAAAAUGCCUGUCUCUACAGUAUGAUUUGGAAGUAAAAUUCAAAGACACACAGACUGGUCCCAGUCUGGCACACAUUCCUAUAGUUCCCAGAGUUGAACACAGCUGAAAAGGAGAGAAAUAGUGAGGUCUAACCUGUAACACCAGUUUGUUGUGUACUUUUAAAUCAAAAUAGCACUGCUUCUUCACUUUAGCCUCAUGAAUAGUCCAAAAAUUAGGUCUAUUACCCUGAUACACAGU